AUCCCAAAAGUGACAUCCACAUAGCGAUCGGGGAGAAAGCGGUCGGAGCCUGUGGCCACAGUCUCCAUCCACGGCCACACUUUUAUCCUCUUGUUUUUCGUUUUUUUCCCGCACUGUGCAAUACGCCGGGAAAGCGAUCUUGCUCCGGAGAUGAAGCCCUUUGGCACGUUACCCAACAUCAUAUAGAAAUGCGCCUGUGAGAAAGCGGAGCCGAACACGUUUCCUGUGCUUGACAGCGUGACGAAAAAAUAUCAACAGAAAACCCCGCGUCUCAGACAGCGACCGUCGGUCAUUUUCAAAAGGAUUUCUUCACUUUUCCGUUUUUCACGGCGACAUGUGCGACUUGAUGCCGGCCUCGCAACCCACGGAAAAAAUCGGUAAAAUGAAAAAGUUGCGGAGAACUUUGUCGGAGAGUUUCAGCCGCAUCGCCUUCAAGAAAGAGGACAGUGGCUUCGACGAGAUAUGCGUCACCAAGAUGUCAGCGCGUGGCUGCCAGGGAACGGACUCGGCGGGUGUCAGGCCGCUGGACCCCAUCCCUGAGGACCGGAAGGCGCGGGUGCAGCGCACACAGAGCGGCCUGGAUGCCUUCGAGAAGCCCGCCAGCCAGGUGAAGCGCGUUCAUUCUGAGAACAACGCCUGCAUCAGCGCCACCAAGAGCGCCACCCUGGGGAAGGAAUCCCCCAAAGUCCGCAGGCACUCCAGCCCCAGCUCGCCCACGAGUCCUAAGUUUGGGAAGGCCGACUCCUACGAGAAGCUUGAGAAGUUGGGAGAAGGUUCAUAUGCCACGGUUUACAAAGGGAAGAGCAAGGUGAAUGGCAAGCUGGUCGCUCUCAAAGUCAUACGGCUGCAGGAAGAGGAAGGGGCACCGUUCACUGCCAUCAGGGAAGCGUCCCUCCUGAAGGGCUUGAAGCACGCAAACAUCGUACUGCUGCAUGACAUCAUCCACACCAAGGAGACUCUGACGCUGGUCUUCGAGUAUGUGCACACCGACCUGUGCCAGUACAUGGACAAGCACCCAGGGGGUCUCCAUCCAGACAACGUGAAGCUCUUCCUGUUUCAGCUGCUGCGCGGCCUGUCCUACAUCCACCAGCGAUACAUCCUGCACCGAGACCUGAAGCCCCAGAACCUGCUCAUCAGCGACACCGGCGAGCUGAAGCUGGCUGAUUUCGGUCUGGCGAGGGCCAAGUCGGUACCCAGCCACACCUAUUCCAAUGAAGUGGUGACGCUCUGGUACCGGCCCCCCGACGUACUGCUGGGCUCUACCGACUACUCCACCUGCCUGGACAUGUGGGGCGUGGGAUGCAUUUUCGUGGAAAUGAUGCAAGGCGUCGCUGCCUUUCCGGGGAUGAAGGACAUCCAGGAUCAGCUCGAGAGAAUAUUUGUGGUACUCGGCACCCCGACCGAGGAAACGUGGCCUGGCGUCCACUCCCUGCCUCACUUCAAACCCGACCGAUUUUCCAUGUACAGUCCGAAGAAACUUCGGCAAGCGUGGAACAAGCUGGCCCAGGUAGACCACGCAGAGGAGCUGGCUUCCGGAUUCCUCCAGUGCUUCCCAAAGAACCGCCUGUCAGCCCAGGUCGCCCUCGGCCAUCCGUACUUCAGCGACCUGGCCGCCCAGCUCUGGGAGCUGCCCGACAUGUCUUCUAUCUUCACUGUAGCAAGCAUCCGGCUGCAGCCGGAACAGGAGGAUGUGAGUGGCGGACGGGGCAAAGCGACGUCCAAUGGCAAGCACUGACACGCAGCACAGCAUGCCAGAUGUCAGCGCUGAGCAGCAGGUCGAUGGAGGUCACACCCCGGCCAGGUAACAGCGCCAGAUUCAUUCAGGUGCCCGUUUGCUUUGAGGAACACGGCUGGCGGGAGGACACGCUUCGACCCCUGACGACCUGACGGGCGCAUGCGUUUGAGCGUGCUUUCCUAGUUAAUCAUUAGAACUAUGUCUCCUUACAUUUAAGUGAAUGUUCAUCUGUGUUCAUCUGUCCAUUCAGACUCAGUUCGGCCUGGAAGGAUGUUGAUGUGUUAAUAUGUAAGAUCAUUCGCAGACACACUCAUGCAUGGACGGACACGCUACUCCCAUCUCUUUCCGCUUUCAUUUUUGUCUUUAAGGUGAAGUUCUUAUUUUGUUUCCGCGGUAAAUCCUAAAUCAGUGAGGCUGUGAUUUGUGAUGUUUUUUUUCCCCCUUGUGGUUUAGCAUUCAGUAGGUAAACAUUUCCAGACAAUGCUAACAUAUAACUUCUUUUGUAUUGGGAGUCCGCUGGAGGGAUUGCACCUGGGUAUUUGGACGAGAAAGCCCCCCCCGUCCCCUGCCCCCCACACCGUAAGACAUCAGAAGCAGGAAAUGGGGGCGAUGGUGGUCGUGGAGGGUAAAUAGCUGAAGGGAAAAAUCUAGGAACCGGUGGAUUUUUAAUGUUCUCGUCUUAGAAUGUUGCCAGGGACCGUCUGAAAAGUUUCCUACAAGAUCUUUGUUUGAAAUUUCAGCAGUAAUAAUAUGGUAACAAUAAAUAAUCGUGCACUUCGCACAAUACGUCAUGCAGAUACGCUUGUCCAGGGCUGUUGCCGGCCGUGACCUGCGACUGCAGGGAAACAAGGAUACUUGCAAUAUAUUCUUAGUGACAUUACGCACUCGCACUUGACAUGCUCUCGCUGUGUGUAUACGUGAAACUACCAUGGGCAAUAGACACGCAGUGGUGCUACUGCGUACAGGGUACAGUACAGGGAGCAUCUAGCCGCAGUGACCUGCUACGUUUUCAGUUUGCCUGUUAUUAAGCAAAUCCCAUUCAACCUUCAAAGGAGAUGGGACAGUGAUCUUUGGAGUUUUAACCUGCAGGGGACCGAUUCUAAAGAACAUAACAAACUAAUCAACAGGCUUAACUUGUCCCCCGGUGUUUCUUCCACCUUAAUCGAUCCAGGGAGGUCAGGUCAGGGCAAAAUUUCAUUAGCAAUGACCACAAAAGUGUAUUGGAUUCAGUUAGUCUUCCACAUCAGGGUUCAUAGCCACAACAGAAACUCUACAUAUUUUAUUGGCUGAGGAGGUGGGCGGGAUCAAGGGACUUGGGUGGUCUUCCUUUGGCUCCUCCCACACACCUUUGCCUCAAAGUUUUUACCAAGAUCUCUGCCUCUGUACCUUGCCUCCGCCACACUGAAGCAGCGGUUCAUGGUCUAAUAGUGCUGAACGUGAUUUUGGGAUGAGGCCUUAGACUCUGAACAUCAGUCUUCAGUGCUGUCGAUGAUUAUGGUGACGGUGACAUCGCGGGCAGUGCUGACACUGAUGUGAGAACCUUCUUAACUAUUUACCCCAGAAGAAAAAAGUUCAGAACUGAAAAGGUUUACAGAUGCACUACCCAUUAAGACAACAAAGUUGUACUUAAACUGAUUUUCUGUAGUAAAUGUGAGAACAGGUAGAUAACCAACCUCGAUGUUCUCCAUUUCACUGACACACCGACUCUCUCCCUGUGGUGGACUGCGUUGCUGUAAGACAGAAUUAUUCAAAGCCAUUUGUAACUGAUGGAAACCUUUAUCAAGCGAUAAUAAUAUCUUGACUGUGUCAAAGGGCACGUUGUUUAAUAACGUAUAUGACUCUGCACUGUUAAUGAGGAGUACGGGAGAAAUGGAUUGUUAUGGAAACAUGGUAUCUCUGUGUCACUGCUCACAUCAGCGGGCACUGAGGAACACACGGGACCUGCACGCAUGGACCGGUAGGCUUUAGGGUCAGAUUGCAGACACCACCUUCAGUCUGCCGCUGACUUGGCUGUCCUUCAGGACUUUUCUGAGUGCCAACUUUGUCUUUGCGUGGCUUUUAAUGACAGAUGACCUCAUUCGCUGAUGGGCUGCGCUGAUGUCAUCAGCCAUCUAACCAUUGCCUCCAAAACCAUACAGAGUUCGCAGAGAAAUGCGUAAAGGAGGAUAAUAUCAAAGGCCGUUAUAUACCAGUAGUUAAUGUUGCCUUGAGGCUGUUGCUAGGAUUAGCUCUGAGCAUCAACCCUGACGAACAGAGAUGAAACGAGAAAAGUCAGUCGGCACGUUUAUCUACCACGCGGAGUCUUCUGCUAACGAGCGCACUUGAAUACGCUUCUUUCCCCAAUAUUACAGCUAAACGAAGAAUCACUUUGCAUGGAGCCUGCGUCGUCCAGUAACCGCAUUAACACAUUCGCUGCAGUCGUGCAGGACGUGGUGUGGUAGUGUAGCCGCAACUGGAAGUCCUCAUUUGCAGCUGAUAGAAAACACUUGAAGUAACUUUGGCGCAUUUCGGUGUAGUUCUCAUAGCGGUGUGUACAUAACAAAAUGAGGCCCAGUGGCCUCAUAUAUCAGGACGCGCUCAUCACACUUCGGAAUGACUUCCAGACAGUAUUAACAACUGAAUCAUUCAAGUACUUUAAGCAUGCAAGUAUGUCGUAUGGCAAUCUUAUGUCUUAUCUGUAGUCCUUUACUGUCCUCUUGUGAGCAGCAAAGCACCAUGGUCUACCAGAGGACUCGAGUGCUUCCAAAUACGUUUCCCUCAACAAGGGAUUCAGGCAUUGAGGUAAUAGAAGUCCAGCUGACCAAAUGGGUUGCGGAGUUCAUUUGUGAGCUAAAUGGCUUGCUUUAUAGUAGGCAUCUGCUAAGCGUUUUUUUUUUUUUUUAAACUAUGAAUAAUAAAGGAAUAACUGAAAAUGUGGGAGACUUGCAAUAUAAUUGCACAUCUGAUAACAGCACUGUGACAGUUGAACAGGCAGUUUCAGUGUCGGCCAUCAGCUCUCGCUUUGCCUCUCUUUCCUGUUGUUAUAUAUUUAUAAAUAGGUAUACUGUAUAAAAUGAAGAGCGAGCAGUGGCACACAGUGCAGAAUCGGUACUUAUGAUCAUCUGUGAAUAUUUAAUCAUUUUGUUUAACUUUGUUAUAAACUGUCUCAGUUGUAUAUACUGGGGAUGAUGUACCCCUGUGGACAAUGUAACAGUAGUGAUACUUCAAAGUUAAAAAUGUAUAUCUUUUCAGGUCACGAAUGUUCCUUCCAAUCUAUCAACCACAGGAUUCGUAUAUAUAUAUAUAUAUAUAUAUAUAAAAAUAUAAAUAUAUAUAUAAUUUUUUGAAUGCCAAGUCAGGCUUCGAUUACAUAUUCUCCUUUUCCAUAUGAUGCACUGAAAAACACGUUGACAAGGGGUUUGGAACAUAGAAAUGUUAUCAGUCACUUUUUAAAUGCUAAAAACGUAGUCGGUUAGCUGAGCAGUGAUUAUAUUAUUUGUAACAAGCUCUAUGUAAUAAUGUUAUUAUGGAAGAUGUAAUGUCCUUCUGUAAAUGUUGUUCAUUGACGUUUUACCUGAAAUAAAGUUUAUUGAUACUUAAA